GGUGAGGCAUCUCCCUGCAAGCACCAUGAGCGGCAGGGUUGGGGACCUGAGCCCUCAGCAGAAGGAGGCGCUGGCCCAGUUUCGAAAAAAUGUCCAGGAGGUGCUGGUCGACGUGCCCAACCCUGAUGACUAUUUCCUCCUUCGCUGGCUGCGAGCUCGAAGUUUUGACCUGCAGAAAUCUGAGGCCAUGCUCUGGAAGCACAUGGUAUUUCAGAAGGAAGAAGACCUGGACAACAUCAUGAACUGGCAGCCCUCUGAGGUCCUCCAGUUAUAUGACACAGGCGGCUUGAGUGGUUAUGGCCGAGAGGGCUGCCCUGUGUGGUUGGAUACCACUGGCUGCUUGGAUCCCAAAGGGCUGCUUCUGUCCAGCAGCAAAUCAGCAAUGGUCAAGAAACGGAUCCAGAUCUUGGCACUCCUCCUUCGGGAAUGUGAGCUACAAAGUGAGAAGCUGGGAAAGAAGAUUGAAACUUUCAUUAUGAUAUUUGACCUAGAGUGUCUGGGCCUGAAGCACUUUUGGAAGCCAGCUACAGAAAUCUACCAGGAGUUUUUCUCCAUACUUGAGAACAAUUUUCCCAAGACCGUCAAGUAUCUUAUUGUUGUCAAAGCUCCUAAACUGUUUCCUGUAGCCUACAACUUGGUCAAAGCCUUCAUUUCAGAGGAGACACGCAAAAAGAUUGUGGUUCUGCGAGCAAACUGGAAGGAGGAUUUGUAGAAAUUAAUUAGCCCUGACCAGUUGCCUGCAGAAUAUGGGGGGACCCUAACAGACCCUGAUGGGAACCCCAAAUACCUGACCAAGAUUAAAUAUGGGGGCGUGGUCCCCAAGAAAUACUACCUACAGAACCAGAUGAAAAUGCAGUAUGAGCAUACAGUGUCUGUCAAUCGGGGCUCCUCCCACCAGGUGGAGACUGAGAUCCUCUUCCCAGGCUGUGUCUUGAGAUGGCAGUUCAUGUUGGAUGGGUCGGACAUUGGCGUGGGGAUUUAUCUGAAGACAAAGACGGGGGAGCAACAGAGGGCAAAGGAGAUGAUUGAGGUGCUGCCCACCCAGAAGUACAACUGUCACCUGGUCCCUGAGGAUGGCACUCUCACCUGCACAGAACCUGGUGUCUAUGUCCUGAGGUUUGACAACACCUACAGUUUGGUCCACCCCAAGAAGGUCAGCUACACAGUGGAAGUUUUACUCCCUGACAAAGCCUUUGAAGAGAAGAUCCAGAAACUGUAGGGCAAAAUGGAGAAACUGGAGGAAUAGGAAUGAUGAUACCAAGGUGCCUCAAGAUAUCCAAGAAGGUUGGAACUGGGUUCAAAUUCUUCUGACACUUGCUUGUUAUGUGACCCUGGA